GACCGCGGGGAGGAGGAAAGCAUUUCCGACACACGGACGGAGACAAGCGUGCAGCCUCAGAUUCAGCACCUUCACAGACAGGAGAGCGUCCGGGCUGCCAGUCGGGACCGAACUGAACGGAACCACACCGUGUUUUUAUUGGGACUACUCCGCGAGUAAUUAAAAGAGACCAUGACUACUGCAACUUCUCCUAUAUUGUUGAAAUGGGAUCCAAAGAGUCUGGAAAUCCGGACCUUGACGGUGGAGAGGCUUCUGGAGCCCCUGGUCACACAGGUGACUACUCUGGUGAAUACCAGCAACAAAGGCCCAUCCAGUAAGAAGAAGGGUCGCUCUAAGAAGGCUCAUGUCCUGGCCGUGUCCGUGGAGCAGGCCACCCAGAACUUCCUAGAAAAGGGGGAGCAGAUUGCAAAAGACAGCCAGGACCUCAAGGAGGAGCUCAUUGCUGCUGUGGAGGAUGUUCGGAAGCAAGGAGAGACUAUGCGCAUCGCCUCGUCUGAGUUUGCCGAUGACCCUUGCUCCUCUGUGAAACGUGGCACCAUGGUGAGGGCAGCUCGGGCCCUGCUGUCAGCUGUCACCCGUCUGCUCAUCCUCGCUGAUAUGGCUGAUGUCAUGAGGCUGCUGGCCCAUCUUAAAAUUGUGGAGGAGGCCUUGGAGGGAGUAAAGAAUGCUACCAACGAGCAGGACCUGGCCAACCGCUUCAAAGAAUUUGGAAAAGAGAUGGUCAAGCUCAACUAUGUGGCUGCCCGGAGACAGCAGGAGCUCAAAGACCCUCAGUGUCGAGAUGAGAUGGCAGCUGCUCGUGGAGCUCUGAAGAAAAAUGCCACCAUGCUGUACACGGCCUCACAGGCUUUCUUGCGGCACCCGGACGUGGCGGCCACACGUGCCAACCGAGACUACGUGUUUAAGCAAGUCCAGGAGGCCAUAGGCGGCAUCUCCAGUGCUGCUCAAGCCACCUCUCCCACCGAUGAGAAACAUGGACACGCCGGCAUCGGAGAACUGGCUGCUGCCCUCAAUGAAUUUGACAACAAGAUAAUUCUGGACCCCCUGACAUUCAGCGAGGCUCGUUUCAGGCCUUCACUGGAGGAACGCUUGGAGAGCAUCAUCAGCGGUGCGGCGUUAAUGGCUGACUCUUCAUGCACACGUGACGACCGCCGUGAACGCAUCGUGGCUGAAUGCAACGCUGUUCGACAGGCCCUUCAAGACUUGUUGAGCGAGUACAUGAACAAUACUGGCAGGAAAGAGAAGGGUGACCCGCUGAACUCUGCCAUCGACAAAAUGACCAAAAAGACCAGGGAUCUGCGCAGACAGUUGAGGAAGGCGGUAAUGGACCACAUUUCAGACUCCUUCCUCGAAACCAACGUCCCUCUCCUGGUGCUGAUUGAGGCGGCGAAGAGCGGGAAUGAGAAGGAGGUCAAGGAGUACGCCCAGGUGUUUCGUGAGCACGCCAACAAGCUGGUGGAGGUGGCCAACCUGGCUUGCUCCAUUUCCAACAACGAAGAGGGGGUGAAGUUGGUAAGAAUGGCUGCCACUCAAAUUGACAGCCUAUGUCCACAGGUUAUCAACGCUGCGCUCACCCUGGCUGCUCGCCCCCAGAGCAAGGUGGCCCAGGAUAACAUGGAUGUUUUCAAAGAUCAGUGGGAGAAGCAAGUACGCAUCCUGACGGAGGCGGUGGACGACAUCACCUCUGUGGACGACUUCCUCUCAGUGUCAGAGAACCAUAUUCUUGAAGAUGUCAACAAAUGUGUAAUUGCUCUGCAAGAGGGAGAUGUGGACACUCUUGAUCGAACCGCCGGAGCCAUUCGGGGCCGAGCUGCUCGUGUGGUCCACAUCAUUAACGCUGAGAUGGAAAACUAUGAACCCGGGGUCUACACUGAGCGUGUGCUGGAGUCAAUCAAGCUCCUGUCCGAGACAGUUAUGCCCCGUUUUGCUGAACAAGUGGAGGUAGCGAUUGAAGCAUUGAGCACGAACCCCCCGCAGGCCUUUGAGGAGAACGAGUUCAUCGACGCAUCACGUUUGGUGUACGACGGCGUCCGCGACAUCAGAAAAGCUGUCCUCAUGAUCAGGACACCAGAGGAGCUGGAAGACGACUCUGACUUUGAACAGGAGGACUAUGAUACUCGCAGCAGGACCAGUGUCCAGACUGAGGAUGACCAACUUAUUGCUGGGCAGAGUGCUCGGGCCAUCAUGGCACAGCUUCCCCAGGAGGAGAAGGCGAAGAUCGCUGAGCAGGUGGAGAGCUUCAGACAGGAGAAGUGCAAGUUGGAUGCCGAGGUCGCCAAGUGGGAUGACAACGGCAACGAUAUCAUCGUGCUCGCCAAGCAGAUGUGUAUGAUCAUGAUGGAGAUGACGGACUUCACCAGAGGCAAAGGCCCCCUGAAGAACUCCUCAGAUGUGAUCAACGCAGCUAAGAAGAUUGCAGAGGCGGGUUCCAGGAUGGACAAAUUGGCUCGCGCCGUUGCCGAUCAGUGCCCCGACUCCGCCUGCAAGCAGGAUCUGCUGGCCUACCUGCAGAGAAUCGCUCUGUACUGUCACCAGCUCAACAUCUGCAGUAAGGUGAAAGCCGAGGUGCAGAAUCUGGGAGGAGAGCUCAUCGUGUCCGGGCUGGAUAGCGCCACUUCUCUGAUCCAGGCAGCCAAGAACCUGAUGAACGCCGUGGUGCUAACCGUGAAGGCGUCGUACGUAGCUUCCACCAAGUACCAGAAGGUGUACGGCACGGCCGCCGUCAACUCCCCCGUGGUGUCGUGGCGCAUGAAGGCCCCGGAGAAGAAGCCGCUGGUAAAAAGAGAGAAGCCGGAGGAAUGCCAGACGCGUGUCCGACGAGGCUCGCAGAAAAAACACAUCUCUCCCGUCCAGGCUCUCAGCGAAUUCAAGGCCAUGGACUCCUUCUAAGGGUUUAAGAAAGAAGAAGAAGAAGAAAGAAAGAAAUAAAGAGGGGGUGGGAAAGAAAAGGUCGUCAUGGGAAAAAAAAAGAAAAACAACAAAACAUGACAGUGAAAAGUUGGUGAAAAAGUUCCUUUUUACAAUGUGUUAAGUCACUUCUGUUUGCUCUCUGUGUGCGUGGCGAUACCUCAGGAGGAUGCAGUGCGUAUUAAACUGCCUUACUGUGGCUCCUGUCGACACGCCGGUCUCCAUGGCUCACGGACAGCCAGCACACACCCAACAGUAUUUAUUGAUCUUAUUGUAGCUUAAUAUGUGACACAAAAUGCUUCUGAAAAUACUGAAUCUAAAAACAUAUCAGAAGAGGAAGAAUGGCAUUUAAAGAAAGAAAAAAAAAAGACGUGGCGGUUGAUAUUCUAGCUAUAUCAUUACUGUGCUACCGGCUGCGUGUGAACGCUAAAACUGAACGGUUCAGUAGGGGAGUCGCUAUAGAGGGAGGAUAUUAGUCUGGAUAUGACACCUCUUGAUUUUUAUUUUUUAUUUAUUUAUUUUUCAACUUGAAUGUUAACUUGUAGUGCUAGAAAUAACUAAUGUUUAAGGUACGGGGAAGUAUCAGCAUCCAAGUAGUUUCCCACUUCCCAAUUAUUCUACUGAUAUAAUCCAUCGAGCAUUUGCUUUUGUUUUUUCCUUUUACCAAAGCACACUUAUGGUUUACUGUAUUCUCUUUUGUUUCGUUUUUUUUAAUUCCCUUUUAUUUAAUGAUUACAUCACUAACUAUGAUGACCCUGUUUGGAAGUUGUGUAGCAUAUAAUAUAGACAGAGAGGUUUGAGUAGUUGUGGUUGCUCAGAGAAUAGAAUCCCUGCAUAUGGUACCUUUAUAUUCACUCUUCUCUAAUAAAUUCCUCAACUUGA